GGCAUGCUCAGCAGCCCCCCUGGGCCUCGAGGAUGCAGACGGGCGGCCUGGCCUCACCCGCUCGCUCCUCCUGGAGGGCCCCUCGUGGGUGCUCCCGGGGACCAGCCCAGAGAGCAUGGGGCGGGGGGACUGGUGUGUGCAGGCGUCCCUUGAGGGAAAUCUGCUUUUCCAGCGCUGGACACCCUCCAGGGUUGAGUGGGGCCCCCGCCCCGUAUUCUUUUAUUCCAGAAAAAAGAAAAGAAAAGGGAGUUGCUUUUAUUUAUUUUUGAAAAAUCAACAACUCUUUCCGAUUUCUCCCUCCCCUCGUGGCCAAUAGGUUUGCGGGUCCUUCAGAGGUGGCGCUUGCACACCGGCUCCAGCCUCUGCCGGGCUCUGUGGGGCCGGUGCUGAGCCUCCAGCACAUCUUCCGGGCCGCGUGGUGCUUGCCAGGGACCACACCCCUUUCUGCAGUGGUCGUUCUCCCCUGGCCACAGCGCAGCUGGGAGUCACAUGCGGUGCAGCGGGCUGCCCGGGGCACGCUUGGCACAUGUGGGGGGUCGGGGGGCCGGACUCAGGACCUUACGCCCUGGAGAGCAGGGCAGGUGCUCUCCGCCGCGGCUCUCCCCACCGCGGGUCCGGGUUGCUGCGCGGGAGCGUGGAGUGGGGGUUGGCUGGCCCUGACUUGUUCUCUUUCCCCCCGCAGCGCCCCGAUGGCGGGAGCGAGCGCCCCGGAGGCCCCGGCGGGGGGCCCUCUCUGGGAGGCCCUCCGGGCGCUCCUGCCCGACACGCAGGAGGGACUGGCGCUGGACCUGGGCGCGAGCGUGGCGGCCAGCGUGGCGCGGCUGCUGCGGCGGGCGGCCGCGCUCCUCUACGGGGGCCAGGCCCGCGCGUGCCUGCAGGCGGCCGACGCCGUCCUCGACUACUCCUGGGAGCGGCUCAACACGGGGCCCUGGCGGGACGUGGACAAGGACUGGCGCCGCGUGUACGCGCUCGGCUGCCUGCUGAAGGCCGUGUGUCUGUGCCGCGCGCCCGCCGAGCCCGCGGCCGUGGCCGAGGCCCUGAGGGUCUGCGACAUGGGCCUGCUGAUGGGGGCGGCCAUCCUGGGGGACAUCCUGCUGCGGGUGGCCGCCGUCCUCCAGGCGCACCUGCCCGCGGGGAAACGGCCCCCGCCGCGCCCCGGCCCCGCGCAGCCCCGCCCCAAGAAGGCCAGGAGCGCCCCGGUGCCCCUCCCAGAGCCAGAGCUGGGAAGCGCCGUGCCCCGAGUCCGCUGCCCGUCCCUGCAGUAUUUCGGGGAGCACUUCCUGCUCCCCGGGAGGCCCGUGAUCUUGGAAGGCGUGACUGACCACUGGCCGUGCAUGAGGAAGUGGAGCCUGGAGUACAUCCAGGCGACGGCCGGCUGUCGCACCGUGCCCGUGGAGGUGGGGUCCAGGUACACCGAUGAGGACUGGGCCCAGCGACUCAUGACGGUCGACGAGUUCAUCAGCACGCACAUCACUGGGGAGCCCAGGGACAUCGGCUACCUGGCCCAGCACCAGCUCUUCGACCAGAUCCCGGAGCUGAGGCAGGACAUCGGCAUCCCUGACUACUGCUGCCUGGGCGACGGGGACGAGGAGCACAUCACCAUCAACGCCUGGUUCGGGCCCCCCGGCACCGUGUCCCCGCUCCACCAGGACCCCCAGCAGAACUUUCUGGCCCAGGUGAUGGGCAGGAAGUACAUCCGGCUGUACUCCCCACGGGAGUCGGAAGCCUUGUACCCCCACGAGACGCACCUCCUCCACAACACGAGCCAGGUGGACGUGGAGAACCCCGACCUGGAGAGGUUCCCCCGUUUCGCCGAGAUCCCGUUCCUGUCCUGCGUGCUGGGCCCGGGCGACAUGCUCUUCAUCCCCGUGCGGUACUGGCACUACGUGCGCGCCCUCGACCUCAGCUUCUCCGUCAGCUUCUGGUGGUCCUAGCAGGAGGCGCGUGCCAGCAGACUGCGCUUCUGGAACGUUCCGGUCACCCCCGACCCAAGGGCUCCUGGGCUGAGCUCCGUCACGCGAUGCACCUGGCCGCACGUGCCUGCUGCUGGCGGGUCGGGCACUGGGGUGCCCGAGAGCUACCUGCUGCCCCCAGCCGCCGCCGGCCUGCUCUGUCGCCAGGUGGCUGCCCAGUCUCGGCCUGCCUGUCCCACUGUCCCCGGGGGAGACUCCCGUGCACGCCCACGAUUCUCACGCCGGCCCACCAGGAGCCCCGGGGGCCGCUCAGAGACCACUGCCCAGACGCGUCCUCACCCGUCGGCAUGGACCAUCCCAUGGUGUUUUGGCCCUGCGGUCUCCCACUGUGAUGCAUCCACCGGGCCCGGGAGGCCAGGGCCCUGGGUGGGAGAAGCGCCUGAGUGUGACGGCAUUUGUUGUUUCUGCCAAGUCAGGUGUAACCAGCUUCCAACAGCCGCAAACUUCAAAAGUGAAUAAAGCUGAAGACAGCAGCAUCUGGA